CGGUCCGCACCAGCGCCGGAGAUAAAACCCUAACAACAGAAGGCUCGCACCUAACCCGAACCCCGAAAAAUGGCGCCGGCGCCGGAGCCAACCGCCGCGGCCGCUGGCCGCAAGCGCAAUAAGCCGCACGGGCCGUCCAAAACCAUCACCAAGAAACCCGCAGAUCCCAAAUCGACGUCCGCGAAGAAGGAGAAGAAGAAGCAUAAGCAUACGCAUAAGGAGAAAAAGCCACGGCCGCCCACCCCACACGCCAAGAAAUCCACCGAGCCGGACCAGACCCCCGCCGCAGCCGGAGAGGAGCCCGCCGGGGGAGGGGUCCUCCUGUCGUCCUCGAUGCCGCCGGCGCGGCAGCUCGAGUUCCUCCUCCGCAGCUUCGAGCGCGCCGCUAAGAUGCGCCUCUCUCCCCUCGAGCUCGAUUGCUACUCAGAGGGAUGCAUGGUGCAGCUCGCGGAGGGAGCCAGCCAGGACGUGGAGAGCUUCGGUGGCCAUGUCAAGAGGGCGUUCGAUGUGUCGUGGAAGGAAGAGCUCUGCGAGGGGAAUGUCGUCGAGGGGGCGAUUGGCGUGGGCAGUCCGGCGCUCCUGGUUAUCAGCUCGGCUGCUCUGAGAUCGCUAGAGCUUCUUAGGGGCUUGAAGAUGUUUACUAAAGAAUGCCGCCCAGUUAAGCUCUUCGCAAAACACUUGAAAGUGGAGGAGCAGGUGGCUAUGCUUAAUGCUCGAGUUAAUAUUGCUUGUGGUACACCAAGCAGGAUCAAGAAAUUAAUUGACACGGAAGCUUUGUCCCUGUCACGUUUGAAAUUAGUGAUACUUGACAUGCAGAGAGAUGCAAAGUCAUUUACCUUGUUUACGCUACCACAAGUCAGCAACGAGUUCUGGGACUUGUACAAGGGCUACCUCGAUCAAAAGGUUCGAGGAGGGGACACAAGGCUAUGUUUCUAUGGUGAUGUGUCUGAGAAAGAUGUUAAAAAAGUCCUUACACCUGCUGAGUAAAUGUCAACCAUCGAAUCGUCAUGACUUCUCGGAGUGUGUUGUAGCCCGAUGUAUUUCUCUGCAGACUGAAACCUUAUGCAAGCGGGUUUUUGAUGAGAUUAAGAAAUUAGGAGCUUUGGGUGCA